CUUACAAUCAAUGGAGAAAAAGAUUUGAACUUGCCAGUUACAACAAUGGAAGGAAUCAUCACCAAAAUAGCAAAUCAUAUUAAAUGCAUUUGCCCCUUUAUAGAAAUACGCACUAUAAAUAUGAAUCCUCACACUCAGAUUCAGUAGCAAUAGCACUAGCACCCUCCCUCUCCAUCUCCAUCGCCGCCGCGCCAUGGCUACCAUCGCCGCCGCCCCUUCCGCAUCAAUCAAGCAGUCAUCCUCCGUCAUUCUGUCAAACCAGUACCCCUCACUUCCGGUAGCCCAGCCAUUCAGAUUCACCACCGCUCAUCGCCACACACUCUCUUAUUCUACUUCUCCUAAAUCGCCUAUGGCGAUUUCCGAAAAGGCGCCCGCCGCCAAUUCAUCGACUCCGAAAGCGCCACCCAAACCUAUCAUCGUCAUUGACAAUUACGACAGCUUCACGUAUAAUCUCUGCCAAUAUAUGGGAGAGCUAGGUUGUGAUUUCGAAGUUUACAGAAAUGAUGAGCUCACUGUUGAUGAGCUUAGAGAGAAAAAUCCAAGAGGUAUUUUAAUAUCACCUGGACCUGGUACACCACAAGAUUCAGGAAUAUCGUUACAGACGGUGCUGGAUCUUGGACCAACUGUACCCUUGUUUGGCGUGUGCAUGGGAUUGCAAUGCAUCGGUGAAGCUUUUGGAGGGAAAAUUGUGCGAUCCCCUUCUGGAGUUGUGCAUGGAAAAAGUUCUCCUGUCUACUAUAAUGAGGGCGGGGAAGAUGGCUUGUUUGCAGGCUUAUCGAACCCUUUUACUGCUGGUAGGUACCAUAGUCUUGUGAUUGAACGGGAUAGUUUCCCGAAUGAUGCCCUUGAGAUAACUGCGUGGACUGAAGAUGGGUUGGUGAUGGCUGCUCGUCACAAAGUAUACCGUCAUAUACAGGGUGUUCAGUUCCAUCCAGAAAGCAUCAUAUCUACUGAAGGCAAAACCAUAGUGCAUAAUUUUAUCAAGCUCAUAAAGAGAAAGGAAGCUGAAUCGCAGAAGCAGGAUUAAUCUUCAAUAUACAGUUGGUGAAUUAGAUGCUACUUUCUUGUAAUGAAUUCUCAGUCAUAAGCAACAUUUUUAAUAUCAAUUAUCAAUCGGUUUCUAAGUU